UCUUGUUGCCAUACCAUGCGGACAUGGAUGUUUUCUUCACUGAUUGUUUGUGUUUUGUUGCCGCACAUCAGUGGAUUCCAGCAAGAGGACACUCAAGCUGGUUUGUCGUCUUAUUCUUAGUCUUAUACUUUAUAACGUAUUAGUCAAAUGGUUUAAAUCAUUGAACAUGUUAACAGUAUGAAGCUGCAUUAAAGCAACACUCUUAAGGCAUUCCUGUAACUCAAACAUUAGAGCAUGGCACUAGCAAUGCCAAGGACAUGGGUUUAAUUCUCAGGGAAUGCAAGAACUGGUAAAACCUUAAAAGCAAUGUAAAUCUCUUUGGAAUUAAUACAUCUGCCAAAUGCAUUAAUGGAAAUGAAUACACUUGUAAUACUUAUUCAGUUAUUCUUGUUUAAUUCGAGCAUUUAGUUGAGAUGCCAGGCAAAAAAGUGGGCAAAUGUACCUGACUUUACUCUACAUUUGUUCAAGAAUUGUAACCCAGCUUGGUCUGCAUGUGGACCCUAUGGGCAAAUGUUUUCCUGGGCUUGCAGGUUGCAGCACAACUCCCAAUGACCUUGCGUUCAUCAUCGAUGGCUCCUCGAGCUUGGGGAUCCCUAAUUUUGAAACAGCCAAGCGUUGGCUCAUCAACAUCACCAGUGGCUUUGACGUGAGCACCAGGCACACUCAGGUAGCAGUUGUCCAGUACAGCGACACCCCUCGACUGGAGAUUCCUCUGGGAAAGCAUGAGAACAGCCAGGAACUCAUCGAGGCCAUCACCUCCAUCUCAUACCUGGGGGGCAACACACGGACCGGCCGCGCCAUCAAGUUCGCCACAGACCAUGUCUUCGGGAUGCCUAACCGCACAUCCCAGUCUCCCAGAAACCGCAUCGCCGUGGUUCUCACCGACGGGCGUUCGCAGGAUGACGUUGAGGAUGCUGCCAUGGAGGCCAGGGCACAGAAUAUUGUUCUGUUUGCAGUCGGUGUAGGAAAUGAGAUCACUAACUCUGAGUUGGUGUCUGUGGCCAACAAGCCACCUUCAACUUACGUGCUACACGUGGAGGAUUAUAGCUCCAUUGCAAGCAUAUGGGACCUGAUGGAGCAGAAACUGUGUGAGGAAUCGGUGUGUCCGACACGGAUCCCUGGGACGGUGAACGAUCAGAAGGGCUUUGAUUUAAUGAGCCUGAUGAAGAUUGAGCAGGUGGCUCAGAAGGUUCAGGGCUCUUUGCUAUCAGAGAGAGCGUCACAGCUUAGCCCUCGUAUGGACAUCACACACAACACCAGAGAGAUCUUUCCAGAAGGCCUUCCACCAGCUUUUGUGUUUGUGGCCACUCUGCGCUUGAAGAACCCAGCUCACAGGAUGAAGUUUGACCUGUUUAGGGUGUUAUCUCAGGAUGGGGUUAAGCAGAUCGCUGUGACUGUGAACGGAGCAGACAAAUCGGUCACUUUCACCUGCACCAGCACUCUGAAGAAAGAGCAGACAGUCAUAUUUAAUGACCGAGGCAUCAAGAGGCUCUUUGACACGGAUUGGCAUCAGCUGAAGUUCCUGGUGAAGCCCAAACGCAUCACUUGUUUCGUGGAUGGCGCAUACGUGGAGGAGCAGCUCCUAGAUGCAGUUGUUCCCAUCUACAUUAAUGGAAAGACUCAAGUCGCCAAGAAAAUUAAUAUUGAGACUACAGUCCCUAUAGUGCUGCAAACGUUGCGGAUCUACUGUGAUCCCCAGCAAAGUGAGCGAGAGACAGCAUGUGAAAUUUACUCUGUGGAUGAUGACAGAUGUCCUUCGGAUCGCUCUCCUGCUGUAGAAGGUUGUGAUUGUCCUAGUGGUAAACCUGGUCUGCCCGGUCUACCUGGGCCUAUGGGCUUCAGAGGGGAGAAAGGCAGAGAAGGACCUCCUGGCCCUGAUGGUAAACCUGGGAAGCAAGGAGAAAAGGGAGCAUCUGGAGAACCUGGUCAAGAUGGACAGAAAGGUGAAGCAGGUGAACCAGGACAAAAGGGGGAGCGAGGGCUGGAAGGACCCAAAGGAGAAAUGGGACCACCAGGGCCUUCAGGACCAACAGGCACUGGCUUUUCCAAAUUGGAUUUAGAUGACUUGGGAAUUCAAGGAAGCAAGGGAAUGCCAGGAGAACCAGGGGAAAUGGGACCACCCGGAAAACCCGGAAUGAAUGGAGAACCUGGGAAACCUGGUCUACCUGGACUUGCUGGUCCCAAGGGAGAGAGAGGAGAUGUUGGUGCAGCAGCAUCAGAAGGACAACCAGGAAUCCCUGGUAUGCGGGGGCUUCCUGGAGAGAUAGGCCCUGCCGGACCUCAUGGUGAGCGUGGGAUGCCAGGACCAGCAGGUUUUACUGGACCAACAGGACAGCAGGGACCCCCAGGCCCAGUUGGCCCACCUGGCAUAGAAGGUCCUCCAGGUCCAAAAGGGAAUUCUGGCUCUCGUGGACAGGAUGGGCUCCCUGGACCACCUGGUGCUAAAGGUUCAGAUGGAGAGCACGGCAUUCAAGGUCCCCCUGGCAUUAGAGGUCUGCCAGGGUUUAAAGGUCAUAAGGGUGACUCAGGAUCAUCUGGACCAAAGGGAAGUCAGGGUGAGAAAGGAAACCAGGGAGAACCUGGAGUCUCUGGAAAACAUGGUGAAUCAGGCCUGAAAGGGAACAAAGGAGAGCCAGGUGUAGCAGGGGAGCCUGGGAGCAGAGGGGCUGAUGGGAAAAAGGGAGAUGUGGGUCCAUCAGGGCCACCUGGAUCUCAAGGCUUUCCGGGUCUAGACGGUUUACCAGGGCAGCCAGGACUUCCAGGAUACCCAGGGAAACCAGGCAAAGCACCUUCAGAAGAUCAGCUGAUGAAGAUCUGUGCCUCUGUGCUACAGAGCCAGCUGCCACAGCUCCUGCAGGUGAUGGGCCAAAGCAGCUGCCAACACUGUGAAACCAAACAAGGACCACCAGGUGAUCCAGGUCCCCCAGGCCCAACAGGCCCAUCUGGACCCCCAGGGUAUCCCGGCAGGGCAGGGUCUCCAGGCUACCAGGGACCUCCAGGGAGGAGGGGACCUGAAGGGGUAAAAGGUGAUAUUGGCCCCGUGGGCAUGAAAGGUGCUAAAGGACAGGGUGAAAUGGGGUUGCCAGGUCCACCUGGUCCAGCAGGUUUGCAGGGCCCACGUGGCGACGACGGUGAGGGAUAUCCUGGGCCUUCCGGUCCACCAGGGAAACCAGGUGCUUUAGGGACCCCAGGCAAACGUGGGCCCCCGGGACCCAUGGGGGUUUGUGAUCCGUCCUCUUGUUAUCAAGCCUAUGGCUUUCGGGACGAUCCCUUCAGGAAAGGACCUAACUUUUAGCAUCGGGACAGUGGGAUCAUACUGAUUCUGUACAGUCUUUUCUUUCUCAAAUGGACCUUCCUGGUGCUCAGCCUUGACCUCAAGAACUCAUAACCUCUAAAGAACGAUGAUCUUGACUUUAAAUAUGUGACAUGUUUUCCUGCUUGAGAAUCUUGUGUUGAAUGUGUUAAAUCAUGAAUCCAUGUUUUUGAUUGAUUUUGAUGCAUGUUUUCCAAAGGGUGCUGUUGAGCUCCAAAAAAGUGGUCAGUAGAACUCAUGCAUUAUAUUCUAAGUUUUCUGAAGCCUUUGUGCAAAAAAACAGACUAAAAAUUCAAUCAUUACUAGGUGAAAAUGCUCUUAAACAUCAUGCAUGUUCACGUACUGUACAUACAUCUUUGAUUCUCUCGUGUCCUGUGACCAUUUUCAUUUUCAAAUGUAUUUUUUGGAUUGAAUUGUUCCUUUCAAGAAAAAUUGCUAUACUGUAUCCACUGCACUGCCCUAGGCAAGCUACCUCUGUACAGGAUGUGAAGCAAUUUCUACGGGCUAUACGUUGAACGCUUAUGUUCAAAUUUGAGAAUACUUCUGCUCAAGGGCUAAUUUGUUAGUUUUUAUAGGAACAUUUUUACUACUACUAUUAUUAUUAUUAUUUAAUUACACUUUUAAUUGUUUGAGAAUUUGUCUUGUAGGUUUUAGCAGUAAUCUUAAUAGUGUAGUUUUGGCAUGUCUGGAUAGAUUUGUGCAAAGAGCAGCAAUUAACAUCUAUUUAUUAUUUAAUGUUUCCUGUUCAUGUUCUUUUUUCAUUAAUGCACGUAGGAUUUUAGCCUUGUCAUGUUUUUUUUUUUUUUUUUUUUUUACUGAAUUUAUCAUUUCAUUUGUGCAGCUGAUAUUUGGAAUUCUUAAAAUUACAAUAAAUAUUUUAGAAUUUGAAUAAUUUCAUAAUCAUUUCACUUCUCACGCUGCUUUUUGUUCUCAAAAAAAAUAAAUAAUAUUUUUCCCCGUGACAUUUUGAAAACACUGACCAAAAAUUAGCGAAGGCGGUGCGGUUUCACGUAGUGCUGACAAGGUGACGUUUAAAUGCUCUUCGCAGUAUCUUGUUCAGGAUGUGUGCUGAGUUUUCUCGGUAAGCCACAGCGUGGUUGCAUCAGUUCUGACAGGGCUGCUGAAAGUUUCACAAACUCCUCUACCAAAGGCAUUGAAAUCUGACCUGAGCAACCAGAUAGAUACCAAUGGCUCAUUUUGAUGAUGAUUACUUGGACAGUUUUUUCAAUGAAACCAGUGACACGGGAUACACAGGACAAGUCAUAACCGGAGAGGUUUCUUUGUGCAAGAAAGGC